AUGAAGUCCAUCAGCCUCUUCCCCCUGGGAGUUCUUCUCCUGGUAACUCUGGCAUCAUGGACCGUGGAAGGUGCUCAAAAGUCCGAGAAAACUGGAAAUUGUCCUCCUGUUAAUAAAUUGGUCCGCUGCUUUCGGUAUGAGAAACCCCAGUGCCAGAGUGACUGGCAGUGCACAGGAAACCAGAAAUGCUGCCAGGAUACUUGUGGCAUCAAAUGCUUGGACCCUGUGGAGCUCCCCACACAAGCUAGGGAAAAGCCUGGGAAGUGUCCUCAGGUGUAUGGAGAGUGCAUGAUGCUCAACCCUCCCAACCGUUGUGAGACCGAUAGCCAGUGCUACGGCAAACUCAAGUGCUGCAAGAUCAUUUGUGGGAAAGCCUGUGUCAGACCUGUCCAAGAUUUAGGGUAA